GCCCAUUACCUUUUCGUGCUGCUGCGACUUGAAGAAACAGGCAAAAGCAAAAUCCACUUCUCUCGUCUUCUUCCCUCUUCACUCUUCGUUUCCAACUUCAAUCCCCCGCCACCGCACCACUUUCUCUCUCUAAAUCCGGCGGCGCCCGGAUCAGAGAACCUCAAGAGUUAAAAAAUGGCUGGCCAAGCUGCAAAAUCUGUGGCAAAGACAAUUGCAGAGUACCAGUACCCGUGGCGUGAGAAGUUGACUAAAUACAGAACCGAGCUAUCCAAGGGCGUGUGGGGCUACUGGCAUCUAGGGGCAUGGAAGCCGCUUGGAAUCAGUGCUCGUCAUCGAGCUAAAAUUCGAAGGGAAGUCCUCCUUGCGGGAGAGGACUGGCCAUAUGACCCGGUGAGGAAAGAAAUGAAAACCAAGAGGAAAGGGCACAAGGUUGACAGGAUAGCUAAGGAGAAACGGGAGAACACUGAGAGGCUGAUGGCGAAGAUGCCACAAAUGCUGGCCGAUUUCAAGAAGCGCAAGUGGGAGAAGAAGAUGAAGGAAGAAGAGAAAGCCAAGGACUGAUCGUGUCUGUGACGAUGAUGUUGGUGUAGUUUUUGCCUGCGUGUUGAAUGUUUGCUAGAGCUACUAGAAGAUAGAUGUGUCCAAAUCAUCGGUGUAUGAAUGCCGACUUUUUGUUCUGUUGGCUUUUGUUUUACUUUUAAAACCUCAUUGAUCACAAGGUGUAACAUCUUUUCGUGCAACUUUUUCCCGUUUAAGUUCAUAAAUCACUAGUUGGAUCAA